GGGAGGUUAUAAGCUCUAGUCCCAGCCCACUUGCACUUGUUGCUGAAUAGAUGCGGGUCUGCUGCAUUGUGCAUUGCUACGGGAGACCCUGAAGUAUCCGCUACGGGAGACCCUGAAGUAUCCGCGGCCUGCUCGCCAUGGGGAGAAGGCUGCUGCCGUGUGUCUGUCUGCUCCUCUUCGGCUUCUCCGAAGAGACGUCAGGCUUAAAGAUUCAGAACAAGCUGCUGCUCAAAUGUCUGCAGGUGCAGCGCGGGAGUUUAGGAGGCCGAGUGUCUCUGGGGGAGUGCAGCCCACACUCAUCCUUACAGGAAUGGCGUUGGCUCCCGGAGAGCCAGGCCCUCGGCAACCAGCACACCGGGGAGUGUCUGACGGCCCCGGGGGAGCAGUACGAAGGCGUCCACCUGCAGCCCUGCGUCGGCCGGGCCGAAGGGGACAACGCUGGCGCCCGGGUGGCAGCGGAGGAUACGGGCCGCCAGUCGUGGUUCUGUUCCAAGAAAGGCCAGCUCACUUUGGUGGGGAGGGGGCUGCACCUGAGUGCAACACAAGAAUCCACUCUGGUCUUCCUUUCGAGGCAACAUAAGCAGCCUGGCAGCAGGUGGCGGACACUUGACAACCAGACACUGUGCGAUGGGAGAGACAGCCAACACCAACCUCACCACAACCUGGGGAAAUCCUUGGAACCCGGGAGAUUUCCAAAUGCCGUCUCUGAUAUAAAGGCACCAUUUGAAGGUAUGAUGGCAGUCACAGAAACAUUCCCCGUGGUGGAUGUGCCUCUUUCGUCCCCGAGCACCAAGUCCCCUGCCGAUCCCACCAUGGUUUUCUACACCAUGGACUACGGAAUGGGCUGGAAGAUAACCAUGCUGGUACUCAGCUCUUUGGCUCUGGUCCUCGGGACGGUGAUUCUUAUCCUCAAUGUUUACUCCAACAGAAGCAAGAAGGUGGUGUGUAUUUUGAAGUCCUACACCCCGAGGCCUGAGAUGAGUGUUCCCGGGUCCCCGGUGCCCAGUGAAAGAGCCCCGCUGACCCAGCAUGCCAUGCGCCUCCCGCACUCCUCCCCCACUUCACAACGGGGGAAGAUCCUGAUCGAGUGGAAGGACGGCAGUGUCACGCCACUAUACGAGGGCUGAAGGCGGUCCGUUCAGGCGUUUCUGGACACGGCGUGGCUUCUUGUGCAAUAUGUCCAAGUGUGUGUGUUGUCUAUCUGAGGGGGGUAAAAAACCCAAAAAGAAGCAAAAUAAGAUCACUUUUUUCUGUUGUAUGUUUUUAGACGGUUGGGGGCAAGUCUUAUCUUUUGGGAUUUGAGAUUAAAGGUAUUUCUUGUUUCUUUUUGGUGAAAGGACGGUGAAUGAAUGUUAAAUCAUUCAGACAUCCUUUGUAGGUUUACUUUAAGUAAGUCAAGGGCUUAGCUAAGUAACUCAUAGGGCUUUAGUUCGAUAAAUACUUCGGAAGCUAAUUUUCUUUUUCUUACCUACGCCUGUGGGACACUGUUGAGCUGUGGGAUGAGCGCAGGUGUCCCUUUAUAUAUUUCCUUGAUUUUGUUUGACUUAACACGCCUAACGACGUAUUUAAAACACACCUCUGCUGCUGAGACUCACACCCUUAAUACUAGGAAAAUAAAACGACAGUUGUUUUGCAAAUUUGAGGUGGUGUGUUGCGAGAAACACAGUUAGUUGGAAGUUGUUAAAAUGUUUUGAGAGAAAAUCGUAACCUGGUGUACAUAGGAAAUGUCAAUAGUCUGACACUGUAUAAUUUCGUACUGCACUUACUGACACUACAUAAACAUGUAUGACAUUAAAUUGUGAAAAGAGGCCGUGCUCAUCACAUUGAUUUGAGCUUGACACCUUAUUCUCAACCUUUGAAAACAGCAGAUGACGAAACAAUCUCCACUCAAGGUCCACAUGAGCGUUUGACUUCGGCACACAUUCUUCACCUCCAGAGGAAGUUUGCUCAGUUGACGUGGACCUGUAGAUGUUUAAACUUUCCAUUCUUAUGAGCGCUUAUGGGAUCUCUUAUCUUUUAAAGUUCACUGUGAAGACAAUGUAGUUGAAAGCUGCAGAGCCAGCUUUUGUUUUGUCAACUAUCAUUGACCUUUUUCUGUUUGUCUGUCAACCUGGUAGACCACUAAUUUGUGUUAAAUGUGUUGGUUUUUUAAAGUAUUUUAUGUUGGGGAAACAGCUAAUAAAAUGAGAUAUAUAAACAGUAUACAA